AUGGCUGUGAAACGGCCCCCAAGGUACUUCGCCAGCGACAAACUGCCCAAGAGUGACACGAGCAGCACGGCAGACCCCCCCGGCGAGAACCAAAGAGGUUUAGCUGGACCAGACGAAAGACUCAUAUCGGCCUCGGGGGGCCACUAGCAAGUUUACCACGAAGGCAGCAGUCUGACAGGGGGGAGCAAACAUACCCUUGCAAGGAAUCAAUCUCCACCAUGUCACCACCACCACCACCACCACAACCACUUGCGCCAAUUCGGCCUACGAUGCUUGGGAUGCGCCGCUGUCUUUGCGGCUGAUGCUGGUAACUGGCGACUCCCUCCCCCUGUCUCUCCCAUGCCACCACCACUUGGAGCGCGCUUCUUCGGCCCUGUCAAUACUUAAUUCAGACGCGGAAUCGCUUCGAGAUGUCUUGCACCUCUCCUCUCCUCUUCAACAUCUCCACUUGGACUAUUUACACUUUGGUUCCUACUGCCUACGGAAGAUAGACACCUGACCAAUCCACACUCGGACUCUCCGCUCCUUAGGCAGGCCAUUUUUUCAACACCCUGUAACGUCUUACACAUUGUCUUCUCACUCGUCUGACCACACACAUUGCAACACUCAGAUCAGACCUUACCUCACAUACUCAACUCGGCCUACCGGCACCGUCGCAUUGUCUUCACACCGCGCCCCCGAAGCUCACUACAUCGACAACACCAUCGUGUACAAGCACAAGUCUCGUCGUUCCAAAUACACCAACCGGGAACCUCAACCUUCAACUCCUUUCCCGAGGACUCCUUCCCCUCCUCAGCCAACCACCCCCGCGAAGCGAGUUCACUUCGCUCCGGAGGUCACCCAGCAAUUGUCCCCGCGCACGCCGCGCUCUCAUACGUUACAACAAAGCACCAUGUGCUCCGCCGACAUCUACACCGACGUCUUCCCUGACGGCCGGACAAAGGAGUACCAGGAGCCCAGCUACUGCACCACGGCGUCCCGCAGCGGCCGUCUCUGCGCCAACCCUGUCAUCUACAACCACCCGCCCCGGUCCGUGUCUUAUCCCUCGCCGAUGCCCGCCUAUCCCAUUGCCGGACCCUCCUACUCGUUCCCGCAGCAGAUGCCGCCCACUCCUCCGAUGAGCUCGCCUCGUGGCACUUCUGCGGGCACCGACGCAGACCGCAUCCGCCGGGACUCAUCCUCCAGUGAGCGUCGACGCCGCCAGUCAGGCGUCUACGUCAACGGACAGAAGGUCCUAGAUCUCAACCGCAAGAGCCGCACCCGCGCUGAGCGCAUCGUCAUCGUCGACUCCCCGCCCACGCCUCGCACGCCCCCCAAGCAGUUCUCAUCGCCCUACACGGCGCCGCCCUCACCCAACGCCGGCGGCGACAGCUCCCACUUCCGCUACAACCAUGUCCCGCGCGACUCCCUCCGCCCCAUCAUUGUCGACGAACGCACGCCGCGGUCCAAGGUGGAGAUCGAGGUCGUCGACAGCGGCCACCACCGACAUAACUCUUCCGACUCGCGGUACAGCCACGCCAGCGCCGGCGACGAGGAGCGCCGGCGCCGGCGUCGCGAGAGGGAGCUCGAGAGGGAGCGCAAGGAACGCGAGGAGCGCGAGCGCCAGAAGGCGGAGGAGCGUCAACAGCGCAUCCGCGAACGGAUCGCCGCGCAGAAUGCCGACAUCUCCCGCCGCACCGCCGUCCCCUUUAAACGCACAUCCACAGGUUUCGGUCCUUCCCUGGCCGACCAGCAGCGAGAACAGGAACUCGUCGACGCCGUGCGCCGCUUGGAGAUUGCCGACCGCCGAGCACGGGAGGCACGCGAGGCUCGCGAGCGGGAGGAGGAGGACGAGGCCCAGCGUCACCGGUUGAUGGAGCGGAUGAUGCCCCGGCGCCGGGCAACUGUGGGACCGGGCAGCCGGAGGCACCGUGUGCUGUACGACGAUGGCGUCUACCGAUGGGAGUAAACGCACCCGAGUUUCGGAGACGGACUUGUUUUGAUAGGCAAGAGAGAGUCAUCUGAUUUGAUUUGAUUUUCCUUGAUUACAUAGAUAGAUAGCGUUCUUUUCCUUUCUUGCACUGCAUGCAUGUACAUUCACCUACGGGCGGGACUAGGAUGGGCUGCCAGGAAGGCAAUUGGGAUGAUACCACGAGAGGACAAGAGAUGGGGUGGAUGGAACUUAGGAUAGUGAUUUGAAUCGAACAACACAGUCAUGAUUCAAAUGAA